AUGGGAUUCACCCACGAUCUGGUAGUUUUGCUACAACCAUGUACCGGGUCAUUUAUAAGGGCCACGGGGACACUGACUGUUCUUGGCUUGGCUUAUUUUCUGAUUUUGGGCGUGUACCGUCUGACGCUGCAUCCGCUGGCCAAGUUUCCGGGCCCCAAACUGGCGGCCUUCACGCAGUGGUAUGAAACGUAUUAUGAGUUCUUCAAGCAACCAGGGGGACAGUUCCUUUUCCAUUAUCGAAAACUUCAUGAAGAAUAUGGCCCGAUUGUUCGUAUUAGCCCCUUCGAGGUUCACAUCCAAGAUUCGGCUUUCUUCGAAGAAAUGUUCUCCCAAUCCCAUCAGUGGGAUAAGCUGAAACACCUCGAACAUCGAUUCAAUAACGCUACCGGUACAUUCCCGACCCCCGAGCACGAGGCCCACCGACACAGACGCGCAGCGUUGAAUCCCUUUUUCUCGAAGCGAGCAAUUUCUGGUGCGGCACAAAUGAUGCAGGAACAACUCGGAAACCUAUGCUUGCGUCUUCGCCGGGAGUAUAAAGGGACUGGGAAAGUCCUGCGCCUCGAUUGGAUGUGGGGAUGCAUUGCGUCAGAUAUCAUUGUUCGAUAUUGUUUCGAUCGCGGAUACGGGUUCUUGGAGGCCCCGGACUUUAGUUCGCCCUUUAUACAGGCGUUGUUUGACUUGCUGGACGGGGUGCAUCUAGUGACGCAAUUUCCAUGGGUUGCGACAAUUUUCAAUGCGCUGCCGGAAAAGGUGGCGGAGGCGAUGCAGCCGGGGCUCAAGUCAGUUAACCACUACAAUAAAGAAAUGAGAAAUCAAAUCUCCGACAUUCUUGACAAUAGAGCAACCUCCAAGGCAUCGGUCAGGAAAACUGUUUUCAAUGCACUGCUUGAGUCUGAUCUACCACCGCAGGAGGUCACCCUAAACCGCUUGCAGCACGAAGCGAUCACUGUAAUUGGAGCUGGUUUUGAGACAACGAAAUAUGCCCUUACAGUGGCAAGUUUUCACAUUAUCAACACACCUUCCAUCUACCUGCGCCUUCGUCGCGAGCUUGAUGCGGCCAUUCCGGAUCCCAAUCACAUCCCGUCAUUGAGCGAGUUGGAAAAGCUUCCCUACCUAACAGCCUGUAUUCAAGAAUGUGUCCGCCUCUCCUACGGGGUCUCGCAACGCGCUUCCCGCAUCUCCGACCACAUCACUCUCACCUAUAAAUCCUACGUUAUUCCUCCGGGCACCAUCAUCAGCAUGGACAACUAUUCUGUCUCGCACGAUGAAAGAAUAUUCCCCGACUCAUACACCUUUAGACCAGAGCGCUGGCUCGGUGAUCCUCUCGCCCCUGACGGAAGGAAGCUCACCCGGUACCUGGUCUCGUUUGGCCGCGGGACGCGCUCGUGCCUUGGAAUUAACCUCGCGUACGCGGAGAUGUAUAUCGCGAUGGCGAAUAUAUAUAGGAACUUUGAGUUUGAAUUGUUCGAGACGGAUCGCAGUGCGGUUGAUUGCUAUCGUGAUAUGUUUUUGCCGCAUGCGAAACCGGGGACUCAAGGGGUUAGAGUUCGAGUGAAAUGA